AUGGAAAAAACCAGCAAGGAGCUUCUCCACUUGGAGCACGAAAUACCCGUAGAGCCCGCUCUACUUAUUUGUAAAAAUGCCCCACUGACUUCUCAGUUAAAGAAAACCAAUCCUCGUGGGCAACCCAUUACUGCACCUCUUCCUCCGAGCCAAGUUGAAAUUCCACCUCGUGGUGAUCAAGGUUUUGGUGGUGUUCUAUACUCUACAAUCACCAGAUUGAUUGAACCACAAGUUCUGGGAAAGGUAAAAGACUUUCUGGGAGUGCUAUCAGAAGCUAAUAAAAGAUUGCAGGUUGAUGCAAAGGACAACAUUGAAAACUAUGAUAUUGAAGUGCUUAGUGGAAAUGAAUCUCAAAUCAUUGAAAUGGAUUUGAUGUUGGGCAUUGCCGAUCUUCAUACACCAGAGGCUGUUGCUGCUGCUGAAUCUGCAGUUGCUGCUGGUCAUCAGCCAAUAGAAUCAGAUGAUAGCAGCGAUGAGGAUGAUGGCGACAGUGACUAUAUUAGUAAUGACCAUGACGAGGAAACGUCUGCCAAAGAUAAUUCUUCCAAUGAAAUUGGAAGGAAUAAAUCAAAAAGACAGUCAAAGAUUAUUGAUAUGGAUAUCUGCAAACAAGUAAUUGCAGAAUAUUAUGGAGCAUUGGAUUGCCAUUGCAGUUUCAAGUAGUCAUAAAAAAAUUAGAAGGGAUUUGAAAUGCAAUCUUGUAGAAAUUUGUGCUUGAAAUAUAUUACCAGUUCCUAUUCUGUAUUAGUAUCAUUAUUAUUUUGGCAAGACAUUUAGUACAAUAAUUCAACAAGUAUACCUACCUCUUGCAUGUUAACUUUUUGUCUCAUCCAUCAUCUUUUUUGAACUUGUAUAUGUAA